AUGGCAAGAGCUAGGAGAGGAAUGCUGUUACAAUGUGAUCCUUCGAUCAAAGCAUUAAUUUUACAGAUAGAUUCUCAACAUAAUGAUAUCAUAUUAGAAGAUCUUGACGAUACACAUUUAUUGGUAGACCCAACGAAAGUGGAGUUCAUUAAACAUGAAUUGAAUAGAUUAUUAUCGAAGAAUAUAUAUAAUCCAAUGGAGGAAGAAGAAGAGCAAUAA